AGCAUCGAUGGGAGGAAAAUAAAAAUCGAUUAAAACCACUGUAAUUCGCGGGUGUAAAACCUCUCACUUUGUCCUUUUUCUGCGACCGUAGGCUCGCAUUGAUUGGCCUAUAACGCUGCCACCGUGCCGGAGGGGACGGCAGAGAGCAGAAGAGCUGCUCCGUUUGAAACCAAGUUGCCUCGGUAAGAGGGUUUAGCUGACGUGUGGAGAAGUUGAGACUGCCAGAGAGCAGAUAAACAAACAUAAACAACGCAGGGAUCAGCUGAGCGCCUGUUUUCCCGAACCGAGCCAGCAGCGCGGAGAGAUGUCAGGGGGAGCGAGUUUCCUCUUCUGUGGCCGACAAUGAUCCUCAGGAGACGGUGACUCCACACUGACACCAGCUCCAUGUCAACUGUCAACACUGGCACACAAAGACUCUCGGAAACACAACACGAGGAGCAGCCAUAGGCAUUAGCAGCAAACCCCCUGCUUCUGCCACUGUAUCUUUGUCAACACAUAGCCAGGCUAGCAUGGACAGCCAAUGAGUUUACCCUCCACUUUUCAGCUGUAACGACACGAAUAUAUAUUACAGUGCAAGGAAACGGAGAAGUGGGAUUAACAUGGCCCACCAGGCAACCCCUAGUUCCCAGAAGGCCCUGAUGAUGGAGCUGAAGUCUCUGCAGGAGCAGCCGGUGGAGGGUUUCCGCAUCACUCUGGUGGAAGAGUCGGACCUCUACAACUGGGAAGUGGCCAUCUUUGGGCCCCCGAACACCCUGUAUGAGGGAGGCUACUUUAAGGCUCACAUCAAAUUCCCAGUCGACUACCCGUACUCCCCACCAACCUUCCGCUUCCUCACCAAGAUGUGGCACCCCAACAUCUAUGAGAACGGAGACGUGUGCAUCUCUAUCCUGCACCCUCCUGUCGAUGACCCUCAGAGCGGGGAGCUGCCCUCUGAAAGGUGGAACCCCACACAGAACGUCAGGACCAUCCUGCUCAGCGUCAUCUCUCUGCUCAAUGAGCCCAACACCUUCUCUCCAGCAAAUGUGGACGCCUCUGUCAUGUUUCGCAAAUGGAGGGACAGCAAAGGCAAGGACAAGGAGUAUGCAGAAAUUAUCAGGAAACAGGUGAUGUCGACAGCGGCGGAGGCUGAGCGCGAUGGGGUCAAGGUGCCGACCACAUUGGCGGAGUACUGCGUCCAGACCAGGGUCCCCUCCCAGGACAGCAGUUCAGACCUUCUCUAUGAUGACCUCUAUGACGACGACAUGGAAGAGGAGGACGAGGAGGACGAUGAGAGCGAGAUGGAGUCCAUAGGUGAAGCAGGGGGGUUCAGCGCCGUGGAGGACGGUGGGACGUCCACCAGACGUUACGACAACCAGGACGACUCUGGCAACGAAGACUCAUGAUGAUCUGGAUGAUAAAUGAUCCUUGCCAACUCCCCCCACCACCCUCCUCCUUUUGUGUGUUACUUUCUGUGUGUGUGUGUGUGUGUGUGUGUGUGUGUGUGUGUGUGUGUGUGUGUGUGUGUGGUGUGUGCGCGUGUGUGUGUUUGUAUGUGCACAGUGGGGUCAAAAGUCUACUGCCAAGAACUUUUCAUCAUUUAUUAAACAAAUACAAAUAACUAGUCAAAUAAUAGGUUUCAAAUACUAUGACAUGAGUUUUCAGCUAAAGUUUGUUGGUACUGUUUUCACUGAAAGUCAGAAUUUGGUGUUUCCACCAUUUGCCUUAAUUACAGCUUGCACUCUGUCCAGCUACACAUGUUUUGCAGAGUUUAAGAAGUGAAAUUCCAGCACUGUUUGAGAGCACCACCUGUGUUUUAGAUGUUAUAUUUUGUGUUUUUAAAUAUUCCCAUUGAUGGCAUGCAUCUGCAGAACAGAGCAGUAUUUCUGUAGAGACCGCUACAGUGUUUCACCGUAGUCUUCAUAUUAGAAUUUAAUGCAACCAGCUCUUCACAUCCUAUUCUGCAAGUUGUUGAGUUGCUACCAUGAACCGUAACUCUAACUUUUUUUUUUUCCCCUCUCACUUGUAAACCAGUUUAUUCAGUAUUAUUUAGGGAUGCACUGAUCUGACUUUUACAGUUCAAUACUGAUACCUCGGCUUUAGGUACUGAUCCAAUACCAGUAUUUUAUCAAUGUUUGCCUCAAUGUGAGGAAGAGUCAGGCUUGACUUCAGCAUUGUUUUCCUAACGUCGUAAAACAAAAACAAAAAAAAUACAUAGAUAUAAAUGUACUGAAUUGUUAUUCCAAUACUAGAUCAGCCAGAUGUCAGCAAUAUGUGAUCCAGCUUUAUGUGUUCGUAUCGGACAGAUAUCCACAGUAUCAGUAUCGGUGCAUCUCUAGUAUUGUUCAUUCAGACUUGUUUUGUCGUUGUGGUUUCCUACAAUUUGAGGGUCUUUUAACUCAAGUUUUGUCAGCUAGAGUUCCUUUGUUCCACUGGCCUCGUCUCUCGGAUGCAGAUGCAGUCCAGUCUCGUAAACAUGCCAGCUUUAUGCUCUGGUAAUCAGGUGGUGCCAUCUCUGUCCCAGUUUGAAUGAAUAUUUCAUGUUUUUUUGUUUGUUUUCUUUUUUUUCAAAAUCUCUCCAGCCAGCGCUUUGCAGCCCUCACAAUAUGACAAACAAUAUGGCUGCUUUGCAAAAUUAUUUUGUUCAACACAUUUUCAGGCAUAACCAGUAAUCAUAAUAACUAUUAACAAAGUGUAGUAGGAGCAUACACAUGUUCAUAUUUGAAUGACACUGUGUGCAGAGCAAAACAACAUUUUUAGAAGGUCUUUCCAUCACAUGUAUUCUACAUCUGUAUUUCAAUUACUUUUAAGCAUUUUCCAAAGAAAAAAAAACGUAUCAAUUAUAAGUAAUGUAUUCUCUUUUGAAAACCAUCAGCUAAGUAAAUAACUUAGUUUUUGAUAAAUGAUGAAAACAAACUGUCCUUGUGGUGGUCUCUUGAACCCCACUGUUGCUGGUCAGCUGUUUGUCUGGCAAGUCCAUGGUUUUAUGUUAAGUCUUGCUCUGUCUUUCCUUGUCGCCCUUUAUGAGUUUUUUUUAAUGUUUAUUUAGUUGACAUUUUGUCCUCCUCGACUUGUGUCUUGUAUUUUCUGGGAUGGUGCAGAACGUCUGACCAACGGAUUUGGCUCUUUAACUAGUUGAUGAGCUGGCCGGCUGGCCGGCUUGUCCAGUCACUGUCCCAUGGCAGAAUAUCUCUGUCCCGCUCAUGCUUGUCUGUUCAACUUUGAUGCAAUCAACUUAAACUUGCAAUCACAGGCUCUGCUGUGACUCACUCCACCCUCUUGGACCCACCUUCAGUAGUGUCCAUCACCACUGCUCCCUUCACGACCCCUCAAAGUAAACUCAUUAGGUUGAGGGUGAACAAGGUGAAGACCUUUUUCUGACACCACCUCCUACACCUCUCUCUGCCUCUUAAACCUCAGGGCCUCAACAAGACUUUCACUGAGAGAGAAAAAACAGUAAAAUAGAAACUUAACACACAAACUGCUCCUCACCUUCAUUUUAUUUCUGAUUUUUCUGUAUCACUGGUGUUCUUAGAUGGCAGAGAGUGACCUGAAAGUCUCCAAUCCCACCGCCAGCGGAGUGUUGCUGUUGGUCCUGAUUAGGGUCCUUUUAAGUUGUUUCCUUCUUGGUAGAUUAGACUCAAAUGAAAAACAAAAAAAUCAAAAUAUGAAAUGAUAACUUUCUCCUCCAGACGAUGCUCACAUUAUGUUGCGAUCGAUGUGAAAAUGUUACGUUUUUUGCGCCGUGAGUCCAACUUACGCUUACUGCAACUUAGUGAAAAUUGGACGUUGUUAACUGUGCUACAACACAUCCAGAGUAUGUUUAUCGACAGGGACAAAAUCAACAUGCAGCUUAGCUACACAUUAGCAUUUGAAUGAAUAUGACACUGAUUGCCUGUUAUCUGUGUGCGUGUGUGUGUGUGUAUCAUUUCAUUUACUAUUCAUCUAUUGACAGUGUCUCUGUGGAAUCAGUGCAGACUUCUGUCACUUGAGUGAGUUUGCCCAAAUGACCUUUUGGACUUUGUCCAGUUGAGAAAACAUUCAAUGUGUGUUUGCACUGUGCUGUUUUGGGAGGCCUGAACUUGCUGAGGAUUUGACUGAUAAAAAAAACAACAAAACACCCUCUGAGUAUUAAACCCUUGAACACACUGAGCAGCAUUAUGUGACUAAUAUUACUCGUAUGGCAUCAAGCAAACCAUGAGUUCACAGGUUUGAGCUGCAUUUUAUGGUCGUGGGUGUGAAUCUGUUAAACCUGUUCAACACAACAGCACACUGGGCAAACCUUUUGAUUCCAAUGGAUGGAUUUUAUGCCAAGGAAACCAAGUGCAACCCGACAACCGUUAUUUUAAGGACUAUGGAGCAAUGGAUGCAUGUAGAGGAUUUUCAAGCUGAAACUCUUUAAGAGAUGCAUUUUGCAUUUUAAUGUGAAGCCAAAGGAGUGAAAUUUUCCCCCCUAGACCCUGUGCUUUCAAAGCCCAGAGAGACUGAAUUCUGUUGAGGAUGCGGAGAGACUAAAGGCAAGAGGAAAUCCACACCUAAACCAGAUCUUUAAAGGAUGUGAUAUCAAGGCACAAUAGGAUGUGGGUGGAUGCCAGAGAUUCUGGACUUUGCUUCAUGUGGUCCCCAUUUUUUGCCCAUUUAUCACCAUAUAGAAAGGAAGUUAAGUCAUAGUAAACAUAAGUACUUAUCUUAUGUGUGUGUGUGUGUGUGUGUGUGUGUGUGUGUGUGUUUAAAUAUGAAGCUCUCACCAGCAGCCAGUUGGCUUAGCUUGGCAUAGCAUAAAGACUAGAAGAAGGGGGAAGAAGCUAGCUUUAUUUCAUCCCAAAGUGAAUGAAACAGCCUACCAGAACCUCUGAAGCUCACUAAUUAACAUGUUGGACUUGUUUGAAUAAUCUGUUCGAAAAUUGAAGUGUAAAAAUUACAAUUUGUGACGAUACAUGCCGGACUAUUUCUUGUCCAGGAGUAGUGACUUCAGUAGUUUGUGCUAUGCUAAGCUAACCGGCUCCUGGCAGUGACCUCAUAUUUAACAGACACACAUGAGAGCAGUAUCAAUCUUUUCAUCUAACUCUCAGCAAGAAAGUGAAUAAGCAUAUUUCCCCAAAUGUUGAACUGUUGCUUUAAAACCAGGUUUUUCCCCACUACAAAUUCAGAAACUGUCAUUGUUUCUAUCACUUAUUAAAGUUUAGGUCUAGUGUAGCCUGUAUGAUAGCAAUUGACUGAUGACAUUAGAGCUCUUUAAUCUUAAAGUCAUCCACUUUUUUAACUUAAAUGUAUGCCUUGUUUUCAUAGGGGCAGGUGGGGAAAAAAAGCUAAGGGGGCCUUUUGAGGAAAUUCUCAAACUCAACCUAAGAAAUGAUUCACUAAAAAGGACCGCAGUUUAAGAUGUUAUUCCAUCCACACUGUUAAAUACAAAAAGAAAACUCUGAAUGAAAUCAUUUAGUUCAUUUAAUCUGUGUGUGCACAAGUGUGUAUUAUUUGAAGUGUGCGCUGACACUGUGAGAUCCAGCUGAGGAUGUUGCACAGUCAAACACUUAAUAGACUUACCUGCGUGUGUCUACAGUGCCACCACAACAUGUCCACACCUGUCAAUGUCAAUGCUGUCCUUGUUGGUUUCUUCUUUGAUUCUUUUUCUUUUUUCUUCAUCAUUUUGUGUUUGUGAGGAUGCAUAUGUCACUCAUAAAGUUUCUAUUGUAAAAAAAAAAAAAAAAAAAAAACAACAACAAAAAAACCCCCAAAAA